GCGUCUGAGCAGCAGGGACAACAUCUCUUUUGCCUUUUAGCGGACAAUGCCAAAACAAGAUCAAUUAUUUUAACGGAUUGGAUUGAUCCUUUGAAUUCCAUGUAUAUGUUUUGUACAGGGUAUAUGAUAUUAAUGCGAGAAUAUUUAUCAUUUAAAAGUUGAGAAUUGCAUUGGGGGCAUACUAACAUGCACGGUACAGCCUUACCCCAUUUCAUGGAACCAAGAUCCAUAGGGCCUUCCUCUGACACCGCCUGGUAUAGAGGUCCUGGAUGGCAGGGAGCUUGGCCCCAGUGAUGUACUGGGUAAUUAUGAAUGGUGAAUAAUCCGGGUUGGAUGUCUCUGCAUUGGUGAUGGCAGCACGUCCAGUCAUAUGAUAGCAACUCAAGUGACACUGAGAAUUGGGAACGAAAAACAACCGACCUCGCAAGCACUCGAGCGCUCAGUCGUGUGCAUCUCGACUGGAGGCAGACCUGGUGAAGAUGAGCCUGCAUGGUGCUAGUGGGGGCAAUGACCGCUCACGCGACCGCCGCCGCUCCAGCGACCGCUCCCGGGACUCGUCGCACGAGAGGGGAGAGGGCCAGCUCACCCCCUGCAUCAGAAAUGUCACCUCGCCCACCCGCCAGCACAACAGCGACCGUGAGAGGGACGGUGGCUCCAGGCCCAGCAGCCCCCGUCCUCAGAGGAUUUCCCCCAGCAGCUCCAGUAGUAGCGGGGUGGUCAGCAGCCGUAACAGCAGCCUGUCCAGCACUGAGGGCUGCUUUAAGAGCCUGGGAGUGGGAGAUAUGGUGUUUGUCUAUGAGAAUAGCAAGGAGGGACUGGGCACGGGCCUGGGUACCCGCAGCAUCCGGACCUCAGGCUCCGAGAGGGUCACUCUUAUAGUAGAUAACACACGGUUCGUGGUGGACCCUUCAAUCUUCACAGCACAGCCCAACACCAUGCUGGGCAGAAUGUUUGGAUCUGGAAGGGAACACAAUUUCACACGGCCCAAUGAAAAAGGAGAGUAUGAAGUCGCCGAGGGCAUCAGCUCUACGGUGUUCCGAGCCAUCCUGGAUUACUACAAAUCUGGGAUAAUCCGUUGCCCUGAUGGAAUCUCCAUCCCUGAGCUGAGAGAGGCAUGUGACUAUCUGUGCAUCACCUUUGACUACAGCACCAUCAAGUGCAGAGACCUCAGUGCCCUCAUGCAUGAGCUGUCUAACGACGGUGCCCGGCGUCAGUUUGAGUUCUACCUGGAGGAAAUGGUUGUGUCUCUGAUGGUGGCCAGCGCCCAGAGUGGAGAGAGAGAAUGCCACAUCGUGGUGCUCACUGAUGACGACGUAGUGGACUGGGACGAAGAGUACCCACCACAGAUGGGAGAAGAGUACUCACAGAUAAUAUACAGUACAAAACUAUACCGGUUCUUCAAGUAUAUAGAAAAUCGAGAUGUUGCCAAAUCAGUUUUAAAGGAGAGAGGACUGAAGAAAAUAAGAUUAGGCAUUGAAGGUUACCCCACAUAUAAAGAGAAGGUGAAGAAGCGUCCUGGUGGCCGUCCUGAGGUCAUCUACAACUACGUCCAGAGGCCUUUCAUCCGCAUGUCCUGGGAGAAGGAGGAGGGCAAGAGCCGCCAUGUUGACUUCCAGUGUGUCAAAAGCAAGUCCAUCACUAACCUGGCUGCAGCUGCUGCAGAUAUCCCCCAGGACCAGCUGGUCAACAUGCACCCUGGCCCUCAGGUGGACGAGCUGGACAACCUCCCCAACCAGCCCCCCAGCGGACCCCAGUACAGCAACAACUACAACAACAACGACCCCGGUGACCCAGACGCCCCCUCGCCCGCAGUCUGAGGACUGCCCCCUCCCUGACACCUCCCUCCCCAGCGUACCGCAGCAUGGAGCUAGAGGGGCAUCAUAACCAUAUUGCCUUGGCACCUCCUCCGCAGCCUUAGAGCCUCAAGGAUCUGGUCGACUGUAAAACCCCUAUAAGGGACUAGACUGGCAAAAGGGCAUAUUUCUCUUGUUUCUUAAAAUAAAAUACUUGACCAAAGGAAUUUAUUUCUGUUAAUUGUUUGAAAUAAAUUUAGCAAACCCAAUUAUUUUGUAAUUAUUAUUAUAUAUUGUUAUUGGGCUGUGCACUGGUGUUGUGUACUGUUUUCCUCCUGAGGUUUAUUUCACGUGCAGUUCUGGGCAUACUUCCUGGAUGGCACUGGUGUUACUGUUUUCC